AUGAGCUCGUCGUGGGCUGCUCUCAAUCCAGGGAAUGGGCUCUGGAUUGGGAAUGCGAUGUUCCCUGCGGACACAGAUUGAUGGAUCCGGAAACAACAUGGCAGUCAGAUGACCAAAAUUGCAUCACAGAUCUAUAAAAGAAUGAGGGACUGAAAAUCAGCUCAGCUAUGUCUCCCAAAGGAGUUGGGCAGAGUAAGGUAGAGGAAACGGCUGUACAGGUGGCCAUCCGGGUGCGUCCACUGCUGCCCAAAGAGAUUUUGCAUAACCAUGAGCGUUGCAUCACUGCAGACCCAGAAGAGAGGAGGGUAACCCUGGGCAAUGACCGCCACUUUCACUGUGACUUUGUUUUUGAGGAGAGUUCUAGCCAGGAGGAUGUGUAUACUGACUCCGUUCAGCCCCUAAUUGAGGCCUUCUUUGAUGGUUUCAAUGCCACUGUUUUCGCCUACGGGCAGACAGGUUCAGGCAAAACCUACACCAUUGGAGAAGCCAACAUUUCAGCUUUUAGGGAUGACGAACAGGGCAUCAUUCCCAGAGCUGUGGCCGAGAUCUUCAAACUGCUGGAUGAGAAUGACCUCACUGACUUCUCCGUCCGAGUGUCGUACAUUGAGGUUUACAAAGAGGUCUUCAGAGACCUUUUGGAGGUUGAGACAGCCAGUAAAGACAUACAUAUUCGAGAGGACGAAAGGGGCAACGUAGUGAUUUGCGGUGUGAAGGAAUGUGAAGUGGAGGGACUUGAUGAGGUUCUGAGUCUCUUAGAGUCAGGCAAGACGGCCCGUCACACAGGGGCCACACAGAUGAACCCGCAAUCCAGUCGUUCCCACACCAUAUUCACGGUGCUUAUGGAACAGAGGCGUGGAGGUUCUCGAGCAGCGAGUGGAACUUUGCAAAUCCUCUCUUCCAAAUUUCACUUUGUAGACCUGGCUGGAUCAGAACGUAUUCUCAAAACCGGCAACACUGGUGAGCGGCUCAAAGAAAGCAUUCAGAUCAACAGUGGACUUCUCGCUCUUGGAAAUGUAAUUGGAGCUCUUGGGGACCCCAAAAGAAAAGGCACGCAUAUCCCAUAUAGGGAUUCCAAAAUCACCAGGAUCUUAAAGGAUUCUCUCGGAGGCAAUGCCAAAACACUCAUGAUUGCUUGCAUAAGCCCCUCCUCUUCAGACUUUGAUGAGAGUCUAAAUACACUUAACUAUGCCAUGCGGGCUCGGAACAUCCAGAACCAGGCCACAGUCAACUGCCGGGGGGAGCCAGACCGCGUUGAGGAUCUUGAACUUCAAAUCAAGGCACUAAGACGAGCCCUUGAAAACCGGCAACGCUCUGAAACCCGCAUCAUCACUCGCUCUGACCCCCAAAAGAGGCUUCGACCUCUUGAAUUGGACAUGAGCAAGCUGCAAGCAGAGAACACUCACUACAGGACAUGCACGGAUUCAGCCUACAGGCUUUUUACAGAACUACAGGGGGAAGGGACUUUAAAUGCAGGUCAGCUCCUGCGGGUGAAAGAGUGGCUUUGCGCUGUAGAGGAGGAGCGUAGCGGCCUUACCUCAGCAUCAGGGCUGGACAGUGGCAUAGAAAGCAGCUCUACUGAGGACAGUACAGCACUCAAAAAGGGACGCACAGCACUGAAUAACCAGGACCCUGACCAUGUGAAAACUGAUUGGAGUGGUGACAGAGAGGACUACAUUUCCCAGCUCCAAGCCCAGAUACAGCAACUAGAACAAGAAAAUACUGACUUCUUAGCUGCCCUAGAGGAUGCCAUGGAACAGUACAAACAACAGAGUGAUAAGCUGCAGGAGCAGCAGGAUCUAAUAGCAGAGCUUUAUAGUCUGUUAGCCCAGCCUGGUGGAGUGGGGCUGUUACAGCUGAAACAGAGACCUCACACUGCUCCCAUCAACUCACUACUACAAGCAUCAGACUGCUCUGGCCAUCUGACUCCUCCCUAUGACUGUGAUGCAGGAAGAAGCUUCACCAGACAGGUUGGAAUUGGCACAUCUGUAGACAGCAGCUCGUUUUCAGACCAGUCACAAUGGGGGAGUGGUGAAGAAAAUACAAACUAUGAAACCAUUGGGAAAGGAGUGAACCGAGAUGGUGAAGAUGGCCACUUUAAUGCCGGAAGAGACAAACGCAAAUCCAUCAAUAUUACCUGGAUAAAGAAAGAUACUUCAUCGCUCCAAGAACCCACUGCAGGUGCCAAGGCAGCUCUGCCUCAAGUAAUUGGGCUUGGCCGUCCAGUUGGACAAUGCACCAGACGCACAUCUUACAGCAGCAAUGGCGAGAGCUCGGUGUGGGAGAGUGUGAGAGGUUUUGGAGGCGAGUUUUGCUCUGAGAGAGGGCUUCUUCAGGCCCAGCAGAAGAUCAGAGAGCUCUCGAUUACCAUCCGGAUGAAAGAGGAACUCAUUAAAGAGCUGGUCAAAACAGGAAAAGAUGCCCAGGCCAUGAACAGGCAGUACAGUCGAAAGAUCUCUGAGCUGGAAGCUGAAGCAGAGCAGGCCCGUGUGGAGUUCACAGAGGCCCAAAAGCAGCUGCAGGACCUGGAGGUGCAGGGCACUCGUGACGCAGCUGACCGCUUCAAAGCACAGGAGUGCAGGAGGAAGAUUGCAGCUGCACAGAGCAAAGUUCAGGUGUUGAAGCAGAAGCAACGGGACACUGCGCAACUGGCCUCCCUUUCUGCACAGAGCGAACGCCGUGUACAGGAACUCGAGAGGAAUGUGCAGAACAUGAGGCAGCAACAGGAUCUGCUGCAGCGCCGCCUGCGAGAAGAGAGCCAACAGAAAAGACGACUGGAGAGUGAGAUGCAGAAGGGAAAACACAGAGUCAAGGAGUUGGAGAUAAAGAAUGAACAGCAGCAGAAAAUUCUGAGGAUUAAGACGGAGGAAAUUGCAGCGUUCCAGAGGCAGAGGAGAAGUGGAAGUAACGGAUCUGUCGUUUCACUAGAGGAACAGCAGAAGAUCGAGGAGCAGAAACGCUGGCUUGAUGAAGAAAUGGAGAAGGUUUUGGGACAAAGGCGAGGUCUAGAGGAUCUAGAAGGAGAGCUCACCAAGAGAGAAGAGAUCUUAGCCAAAAAGGAGGCCUUGCUCUUUGAACGCAGUGGCCUGGAAUCCAAAAAGCUUCGCUCUAGCCAGGCUCUUAGUAAAGACUUGGUCACCUUGUCGAAUCGAAUUGAAUCUUUGGAACGGGAACUCAGUGAGAGGAACGGUCAGUUGCGCAGUGGCAGUGCUCAGGACUCUCAAGAAAUCAGACAGGAGAUCUCCAACCUCAGGCAGGAGAAGGAUCAGCUCCUCAAACAGAGAGUGGAGCUGGAUGACAAACUAAGACAGGGGAACCUGCUCUCCUCUGAGGAAGAACGAACAAUAUUCCAGUUGGACGAGGCCAUUGAAGCUCUGGAUGCCGCGAUUGAGUACAAAAACGAGGCGAUUACCCAAAGACAGAGGCAGCUACGGGCGUCAGGGAGCAUGCUCACUCAAUGGGAGAUGAAUCUGAUGGCCAAACUAGCCAAUCUGUCUGCAUCUGAAACUCGAGCCCUACUUUGUAAAUACUUUGAUAAGGUGGUGUGUCUUCGUGAGGAGGAGCGGAGGUUGCAGUUGGCUUUAGCUGAGCUGGAGCUGAGAGUUGAGGAGCAGCAGAACUUGGUUGGAUGGUUGGAAACAGCUCUUGAGAGACAGCAGCUAGAGGCAGACCGCAGACUCACCCAACAACAGAAAGAGCACGAGAGAAAUGUCCAGCUACUGCUGCAGCAAUGUCGAGAGCAAAUAGACGAGGGUCUGGCUGGUAGACAGAGGAAAUAUGAGGGCUUGAUUCAUAACCUAAGCAAAGAGCUGAACUUCUACAAAAUAGCGAAUCAGGAGCUAUGUAACAAACUUGGGGAAAGGUGUAGCUCCGUCAAUCAGGCUGGACAACAAAUUAAAGGUACCAGUUGUAACAGUCGGCUCUCAGGUGGUGUUGAAAGGGUCCAGGGCAGAGUUACUGACGACGUGGUCAAGUUUCCCCUUGAGGCAGACGCAGGACCUCAGAGGUCGAGGGAAGAAAUACGGGAACUGGUGCAUGCCCCUCUUCCUCCAACAUGGAGGCGCUCUUCUCUGCCCUCAGAGGACCAAUACAGCAUGGAGGAGUUGCGACAGAGAGCCGCUUGUGAACUGCCAAACAACAGAAUAGUUCAGCCCAUUAUGAAUUCUACACACUGGAGUGGGACAGCCUCCUUGCCCAUCACAAGACCACGGAGAGAAUUUAGGAAAUCAAGCCUCAAUACGGGACCACUGUCUUCUAAUUCAGCAAUAAUUGAUGUUCGGAGAAAUCCAGUGUAAAGAAGUCAAUUUUGUACAGUUAGUUAAUUAUCAGUUCAAUAAUCCUUGUUUUUUUUAUAUAUAUAAAAAUACAAGAUUCAUUAUUAUAUUGGUAGAGAUAGACUUUUUUCAUGGAACUGUUUCAGGUUUCAGACCCUCUUGGACACCUCUUUAGUGAAUGUAAAGUGCUUGUUCUUUAAUGCAUAUUGAAAUAAAAACAGUUGCCUUCACAACAACAAAAAUCCCAAAUCGAUGCAUAAUACAUUUGAAACAGAAAGGAAAUCAAGAAACAUAAAUAACAAAAAUAAAUAUUGUAAAUGUAUAGCAUUUUGAUUGGAUUCAAAUAGUCUGUAAUACAUUGAUUUUAUGGAUAUGAAAAAAGUUAACCGAGUCAGCCAGGAGUCGACCCUAAAAUCUUCUGAACAGCAGUCAGACGCGUUAACCAUUGUCCAAAGGACAGUGUCCAUAGUGGUGGAGCAACAACAAAACUAAAACAAAUAGUCAUAGAGACGUGGGGUCGAAUCUAGCUCUGGAAUAUAAACUUUUAUAUGAUUUUAUCAGUUCAGAAAUCGUUAUGUGAUUUUAAUCUUGUGGCGUUUUCGUCUUAUUGUUUGUGUCACUAUUAAAACGAUUGUUACAAAUAAUGAUACAUGGACUGGAAUAAAUGGUGUAACAAUUCUUCUGAUGUGUCAUUCAUAUUGGAAAAUGAUUUUUUUUUUUUAUCAGUACUAUUUAACUGAUGCAUGAUAUCAAUGGUGUAACAAUACUUUUAGUAUAUUAAUAAUACUGGAAAAUGCUAUUUUUAAUCUGUACUAUAAAUAUGUGUUUUAUCUGGCCCGUUUACGUCUGUGUCGUUCACACUUGCUCUUUUGUGUCGACAUAUUGAAUGUCUCUAAUCUUGAGGCCUUUUUCUUGUAAUGUAUAUAUAACCUUCAAUUGUUAAAAUAGAAGAGUGACACGUCAAUAAUAAUACGUUUUUCCGUUUUGUUCUAAGCAGCAGCCAUGUUGACUAACUGACAAACUAAAUAUUUGCUCAUUAUGGGCUUAGUAGUAGUCAUAGAAGGCCUGUUAUUAGUCAUUACUAUCUAUGAAAAACCUGAAUCUUUUGACUGUUAUUUCGUCUUAUUUUAAUUGCCUUUUUUCGGGAGUAAAUUAUCUUUUGUCUGUUUGCCUCCUCUGCUGGUGAAUCUGUGAAAGGGAUGUUUGUGACAGUACAUUUAGAUCGCAGGCAUCGAGAUAUAAUGGAUAAAGCGUAAAAUUAGAAGAUUGCAGGUUCGAGUCUUGCCGGGGUCACACUUUCUUAUUUGUUCUAUAUCUGGGAUAUUAAAUUAUACAUGGGUGAGACAUAUAAUCGUAAAUUUAAACAAAGUAUCUACAUUUCCCAUAUGAAAGAUUACAUCAUGUUAAAAACAUAUACAAAUGUUUUUCCUUGUCAAUUGGUUGGGAACAGGGUUGCUACAGAUAACAGAAUACAUGCUGUAAAAUUGAAUUUGUCCUGUUGGAUUACUCAAGGUCAGUAACGUAAUCUGAAUACUUUGGAUUACUUCAUUACUAAUUGUUUCACUUGUUUUAACUAACAAGUAAAUAAAGAAA